AUGCCCUCCAAUAACGUGACGUUCUGUGUCUCCCAGGACCUAGAACUCCCCCUCCGAAUAAAGAUCAAGUCAUUAGAAGGACAGAAACCCCUAUUGAAACCAUCUCAAAAAUUGCAGAACCCAAAAUUAACCCAAUUAGGUUCAAAUGUGUUCACAAACAGUAAUUUCAUAGUCUCUGUGCAAGUCUUUGAUGAAGAACGUAAUAGGAAUCUUACUAUUCCUGUCUGGACGCCGUAUGUUUCUUUCAAACACUCGAGGAAAUGGGAUCAUUGGCUUUCUUUACCGAUUCAUAUAAAACAAUUGAACAUGUCUAAUAGACUUCGAAUUACAUUAUGGGAGUACGAUGGAUCCAAAAGAGUUCCUUUCUAUACGCUAGAGACAUCAAUUUUUAAUCUGAAAGAUUGCUCUUUGAAGAGAGGUCAGGAGUCAUUAAAGUUUCGUUAUGAUGUUCCCAAUGGGGUGGAGACGAUAAGUGAUGAUACAAUUCAAAACUCUUUGAAUAAAUACUACCAGGGAGAAAUUAAAAAAGUGGAUUGGCUGGAUAAUAUUACGCUACCUAAAUUGCAAAAACAGCAAGAGGGUAGGAAUUGGCCAACAGGAACGUUUGUACUUAAUAUUGAAUUCCCUAUCCCUGAACUCCCUGUAGUCUAUACUGAAAGUUUGAAUCAGGAUACACAACAGAAUUUUCCAACUUUACAUAAUUAUGAAGUGACAAACGAGAUGGUUGAUUAUACUAAGAAUGAUUCACGAUUAAAGAUUUCCUUAGGUUCGAAACUCCAUUCUACUUUGAAGAUAUAUGAUCCAGAUCAAUAUAAUGCAGAUCCAAUAGAGGAAAAAUAUCGAAGAUUAGAGAGAGCUGCUAAGCAUUCUAAUGUGGAUAAACAAGUGAAACCGAACUCAAAGAAGAGAGAUUAUUUGAAUAAAAUAAUCAAUUAUCCACCUGGAACAAAAUUGACUGCCCAUGAGAAAGGUUCCAUUUGGAAAUAUAGGUAUUAUUUAAUGAAUAAUAAGAAAGCCUUAACAAAACUGCUGCGAAGUACAAAUCUUGCUGAAGAAUCGGAGCGUUCAGAAGUGUUGGAUUUAAUGGAUCAAUGGGCGGAGAUUGACAUUGACGAUGCUAUUGAAUUGUUAGGCUCCACCUUCAAAAAUCUUUCAGUGAGAUCAUAUGCAGUAAAUAGACUGAAGAAAGCUUCAGAUACUGAGUUAGAACUAUAUCUCCUUCAAUUGGUGCAGGCAGUUUGUUUUGAGAAUAUUUCCACGUUCUCUGAUAAGACGAACAGUGAAUUUACCAUUGUUGACAUGAAUGGAACACAACAUUUAGGAAAAUCUCAAAACGUUAUGCCAAAAACCACUGAAUUGAAUUCUUCUCUCUUAACCCUUGGUAAAUCGAUCAAUAAUUUAAACCUAGAUGAGAUGCCCAUCGUUAUCUCACCUUUAGCUGAAUUCCUUAUUAGAAGAGCUCUAAAGAAUUCUAGAUUGGGUAAUUUCUUUUAUUGGUAUUUAAAGGCAGAAUCACAAGAUAAUCCGUAUCUAGGUCAAAUAUUGGCGUCGUUUAAAAGUAGACUCUUACCAGAGCAUAAAAGUAUUUUGGAUGAUCAAAUUUUACUGAUAGAUAGUUUGAAUUCUAUUUGUGAGGAUGUCAAAAAUUUAAAAGAUACCACGGGAAAGAAGUUGGAGCUAUUGACCCACUUAUUGACAACAAGAGUACGUCAUUUGCUGAGAGUGAGACCUGUGUCCUUACCAUUGGACCCCGAUAUCCGUUUAAUGGAUGUUAUUCCUGAAAGCUCGAAAGUGUUUAAGAGUUCGCUAUCUCCAUUGAAGAUAACUUUCAAGACUGAAGGUGGUUCCCUUUACCCAAUAAUGUAUAAGGUUGGUGAUGAUCUACGACAAGAUCAACUAGUGGUACAAAUUAUUACAUUAAUGAACGAGUUACUCAAGAAUGAGAAUGUUGAUCUGAAACUAAUGCCAUAUAAAAUAUUGGCCACAGGGCCGCAAGAAGGUGCCAUUCAAUUCAUCCCCAAUGAGACGAUGGCAGCAAUCUUAGGUAAAUUCCAUGGCAUCUUACCCUUCUUUAAAGUACAAUACCCCGAUGAAAAUGAGGAGUCUGGUGUUCAAGCCUGGGUGAUGGAUAAUUUUGUGAAAUCCUGUGCUGGUUAUUGUGUGAUAACAUACAUUUUAGGUGUCGGAGAUCGACAUCUAGAUAAUCUAUUAAUUACUCCUGAUGGUCAUUUUUUCCACGUAGAUUUUGGUUACAUCUUGGGGCAAGAUCCCAAACCAUUCCCCCCAUUGAUGAAACUACCACCUCAAAUAAUCGAGGCAUUCGGUGGGGCCGAAUCAUCAAACUACAAUAAAUUUAGAAGUUACUGCUUCGUAGCAUAUUCCAUACUGAGACGCAAUGCUGGGCUGAUAUUGAAUCUGUUUGAAUUGAUGAAAAUGUCCAAUAUUCCAGACAUUAGAAUUGAUCCCAAUGGUGCUAUCUUGAAAGUGCAGGAAAGGUUUAAUUUGGAUAUGUCUGAAGAACAGGCGACGAUUCACUUUCAAACUUUGAUCAACGAUAGUUUGAACGCAGUAUUACCGAUAUUUAUCGAUCAUUUGCAUAAUCUCGCCCAGUAUUGGAGGGCCUGA